GUUCCGCGAGAGGCAGAAGGCAGAAUACACGCGAGAGAGAAUUCUGAUAGGCGACUUCCGGCGAUUCCUUGGCGAUUUCUUAGCGAAUCCGACGAUUUCCUCUCUUUUUCCGAUUAGAUGGAGACUUCAAGUUCUAGUGAGCAAUUAUUAUAUGGACCCGAAGACCCGUCCUUGCUAAAUUUACAGAAACAUCACAUUUCACAUAAACUCAUGAAAGAGGGCACAACCCAAGUAUUUAAAGUCCGAAGGACAGAAAGCAAGACUUGGGACGUCGAAAUUCACGAGAAUGUUAGAUAUUGGCUUGACGUCUUUGGUUUCAAAGGCGUGAUCGAUUGUGGGAAGCCCAUGAAGGUGGACAACGAGCUGAUCACGGCGUUGAUUGAGCGUUGGAGACCGGAGACGCACACUUUCCAUCUACCGAUCGGUGAGACGACGAUCACCUUGGAAGAUGUGCAAGCCAUUUGGGGCUUGAGGGCGGAUGGUCGCGUUUUCACAGGGCGUGACUAUCAUGACAACUUUUCAGACUGGACCAGCAAGUGCCGCGAUCUGUUGGGAUGGAUACCAGAUACUUCCACAGAGACAAAGCAAGGCGGUUUGCUGAUGACCGCACUGAUCAACCAGACAAGGAUGCCUCUGGGUGAUGACCUACCUAUGUACGUAUACAUCCAAAGGGCACGUAUCCAUGCCCUAAUUUUAUUAGGAGGUCUCAUUCUACCGGACACCACGGGGUGUAAGGUGCCAUUUAUGUGGUUGAAUGGGCUUGGGGAUCCAGAAGAGGUGAAGAAUAUUAGUUGGGGAAGUGCGGCAUUGGCCUACCUUUAUCAUUAUCUGUGCGAGGCUUCCAUGGAUAAGAGAAAAGAGUUGGGCGGGCCUAUGAUGCUUCUGCAGCUAUGGGCGUGGGAAAGAAUGCCCACAUUGAGGCCUGCGUUCAUUGGACCAGUUGUACACGAGCCAUAUACACCAUGUGGCGCCAGGUGGAAAGGAACAACGCAGAUAGGAAAUGCUCCUAGACAUUCGGUUGAGCAUUAUCGUGACCAAAUAUCUCUGAUUAGACCUGGCCAGUUUAUCUGGACGCCAUACGCACAUUGCAUACUGCCUGACUACUGCAAUGAUGUGACUGGAUGCUCUCUGUGCGAGACCUACUUGGUAUGUUGGGCCUAUGUCGAGGCCCAUGAGCCUGGACGAGGAUGACGACAAUUCUGGAUCAUCACUAGAGUCAGCACCAGAAUCAUCACUUAAAAUCUCAUCAGACGAGGAUGACGACAAUUCUGGAUCAUCAAGGUCUCUUCGUACAACAUGAACAUCAUCAUGCUCUUCUACAUUCUCUUGAGUAUUCAAUCCAACAUUAGCAGCAUCUGCAACAUCUGUUUGCUCAUUCAUACCGCAAUCCAUGCUCAAAGGUUCAAACCUCGUAGAUGAUCCAACACCAUGAUCAACAAUUGGUGGGAUGAAGGCAUUUCCAACAUACGAAUACUCAACAAAUAAUUCAAUAUGUCGAGUAGAAUUUAGAGCAGCAUUGAACAUAU